CCGCCCCGCGGCGCUCUCCCGGCACACGCCCGCCCUGCGCCGCCGCUGCCAUUGGGAGCCGCGCCGAGCCGAGCCGAGGCAGCCGCCGGUCCCGCUCCGCCGCCAUCGCCAUGAGCUUCUUGUUUGGCAGUCGCUCUUCUAAAACCUUCAAACCAAAGAAGAAUAUUCCAGAGGGGUCUCACCAGUACGAGCUGCUAAAACAUGCCGAAGCCACGCUCGGAAGCGGUAAUCUCCGAAUGGCCGUUAUGCUUCCAGAGGGUGAAGACUUAAAUGAGUGGGUUGCAGUUAACACUGUCGACUUCUUCAACCAGAUCAAUAUGCUGUAUGGAACCAUUACAGACUUCUGCACAGAGGAGAGUUGCCCCGUGAUGUCUGCUGGCCCAAAAUAUGAGUACCACUGGGCAGACGGGACAAACAUAAAGAAACCAAUUAAGUGCUCUGCACCAAAGUACAUUGAUUACCUGAUGACUUGGGUCCAGGAUCAGCUGGAUGAUGAAACGUUAUUUCCAUCUAAAAUAGGUGUCCCUUUCCCAAAGAAUUUCAUGUCAGUGGCAAAGACAAUUUUAAAGCGUCUCUUCAGAGUUUAUGCUCACAUUUAUCACCAGCACUUUGAUCCAGUGAUCCAGCUACAGGAAGAGGCACAUCUUAACACUUCUUUCAAGCACUUUAUAUUUUUUGUUCAGGAAUUCAACCUUAUUGAUAGAAGAGAACUUGCACCGCUUCAAGAAUUGAUUGAAAAACUCACCUCUAAGGACAGAUAAAAGGAAGAGGAUUUCCUCAAGUCACUUGUUUCUUUAAGCGAGCGUGUGGUAUUUGUUUUUUGUUCGUUUGUUUGUUAAAAACAAGACAAAACAAAAACUUGUGCUGUUAUUACUGACAGCCAAGCUCUACUUUCUGUGCUUUUAUUAGGGGAAAUCUUUUGUCUGUUAGUGACACGCAGUAAAUAGCCUUUUUUUUGAUUGUUGUUAUUCAUUGUGGAUUUUUAGCAGGUGCUGAGUGUUUAUAAAGGAAACAUGCUUGGUUGGGGAAUUGACUCCGCUGGUGGAUGGGUUCUGUAUCGUGUCAAUGGUAGCCCAUUCUCAUGAAGUCCCUAAAAGACUUGCUUACAUUCUCUAAGUGCCUUGGCAGACUCACUUCUGAGGUGCAAAGCACAUACAAUACUGAACAUUGCUGGAAACAGAAGAUACGAACUAACACCCAGGACACUUACUGAUACUUGUUUUAGAAAAAUUUAUAUAUGCUUACACUAAAAAAAGCCAUAACUUACUUAAAUCAAUGAUCUCCAGCUUUUAAUACAAAUAUUUGUCUUAUUUUUUUAGAGAGAUUAAUAUAGAAUUUUUCAAAGCUAGGUAUUUCUUAAAGAGAAAAGUGAUGGUGAAGUUCUAGUCACCAAAUCAAAAUGAUGAAGGUGGUCUCAAAAUUACAGAGAGCCUGGGCUUAGCAAACAGUUAUUUGUCUAUUGCACUGUUUUUGGCAUUUCACGGUUGCUUGUAUUUUUUUUAACAGGGAAGCAUCAACUUGGGUCAGUCACUUUUGUAAAGUUUCCUAGCAUUUGCCAAAUGAACCAUCAGUUUGCACAAAUACAGUUAGGGAAAAUAUUCAGUGUCAAAGCUACACUGGAGUAAUACUAAGAAAGAUCUGGCUUGAAAAUAGCUAGCGAGAUGAUGUUUGUAAAUUAGGAAUAAAAAGCCCAACUCUGUGAUGAAGCUCUGGUGGCCAGUGUUUUCUGUGGUAGGUAAUGUAUCUUGGAGGGAAGGUGAUUUCAUGGACCGCUUGGGAUUUGCGUUAGCACAGUAGUGUUCUCUUCCAUUUAAAACUGCAGCCCAUCUCCAAGGCAACUACGGCAGGGAAAAAUAGUAGGAACAUACUGGUGAAUUUUUAGUGGUUUGUCAUUUGGUAAGUGUGUGUUUUGUUCCUGAGAAAACAUAAUCAAAAUAGGUCCUUCCCCUGCCUCAGGUAGUCUUUUUGCCUCUCCAGCCCUGUGUUUUCUCAAACCAGAGAUGAGGAGAGUAGAAGUCUGUGACAAGUUAGCUUCUGGGUGAUCACAGACUAUGGCCUAGAAGUCUUUGCUACAACUAUAUCGAAAUCAGGUUUCUCCUUGCCAAAACCCCUGUAACUCUCUCUUGUUCAUUUAUGGAUCGUCACAGCUGUUGUAUUUUUGGAUUCAAAGAAAUCUGUAUUAGGUUUUGUAAUGUGCUAUCCAACGGUAUCGCUCAUCGCCCAAUUAUAUUAUACUAGAUGGUUAAUGUUGCCAGGCUUGGCUAGAUCGAGACGAGCGUUUUUAGGUCUUUGUGAUGCGAAGACAUAAACUGAUCUAUGUACACUAGAUUAACUCUUGAACCUCAAAAAUUUACAGUUGAAACCAAGGUUAGCAUGUGACAGAACAGCUGAGCUUACAUUUUGUGCACUUCUGCUUGACUGAAAAUGUUAAGAUGGAGUGAAAAAUAAAAUACUGUGCAAAUAGCCUGCAAAACUUGACAGUGACCAUUGGUAUAGCCAGCUAAUCAGUAUAGAAGCACAGUGAUAAACAUACAUUAAUUUUAGAGUCUAGAAGCACUAUUUUGAAUUAAAAUACUUUAUUUCAAAAUAAUCUGUACCUUACUUGAAGAAUAAUAUUAUUCUUCAGUUGAGUUAAAUUUCCUAGUCCAGCAGCAGAAGCAGUUGAUUUAUUUAUUACAUCUUCUGUCUCUUUGUUUCUUACUAGACUUGAGCACAGUUUUGAAAAUCCAGUAUUGAGCUAGAGAAUGGUCCACAGUGCACAUGAGAAGGACCAGGUGGGUCAAACUUCUGAUGCAAAGACUGCUUUCCCUCAAAUGUUUUAAGAAACUCUGUUUUAAAAAGUCAGAGUUAAGUCUUAUCCCUUCUCAGCUGGUAAGGAUCUUGACUCUCCCUUGUGUAUGCACAUGUGAGAGGAAAAGAGGGGAGAUACCCAAUAUCUGUUAUCUCUUUAGGGAGUCAGAGGAAAAAAAUGUGCAAGCCAUAGAACAACUAAAGACAAAAGCAAACAAGAAGCACAAACGCAUUUCCAUUACUUUGGCAAGUCACCUAAGACCAUGGUACUCACCCCAGUGCUUUUGUCAGUCCUGCUGUUUAUAGGACAUAUACUUUCUGGGCUGACAAACACUUAAAUUCCCCUGGAAGUUCUGCUGGCCAAUAAAGGAGUCAGUCAGCGGUGUAACAUCUAAAUGCUGCAGACAGGAACUGAGUAAUAUGGUGCUAAGGAAGAAACUAGCUCCCAUGAGCAGAAUAUCCCAAUAUGGGAGUGAGCGAGUACCGUUCCUGUUCUGCUUAAUAGCCGGAGAAAAAGAGUUCCUCUCGCGCACACCACCCUUUUUAUGUGCUGUAUGAUAUGUUAACCAAGACCGCUGGGAAGGCAGUACCUGUAGGGACCAGGUGCAUUAUUCGUCACUUAUUUGCGACUGUGGGAUAUUUUUUCAACUGAGUAGCAAGCUUGACAUCUGGUCUGGAUGUGACUAGGUAAGCCUAGUUUUGCGACUGUAGAAUAGUAAUGCUAGCUCUGGGCAGAGGGUUGGAGGACUCUUUUAGUUCAGGGCUAAAUAAUGUGGAAGAGAAAUGUCCUUUCAGAGCUGCAGGAGUGCAUAACAUCCAUCUGACUAUGCAAAAGCAGCUUAGCUCCUGAAUUUGAACUGCACUAUUUUAAACAGACUUCAGCUAGGCAGGAAGCUGAUCUUGCACACGUGAGCUUUUAUGCUUACUUCAUACCUGAGAAAUGUUUGAUAAGCUUCCAUCUACGGAGGCAUGGUAGCGCUGCAGAUGCAGUUAGGUGUUAAAAUGCUAUUAACCUUCAUAUCCAAUAAAAGCUCUUUUGCUGAGUUGAUUCGGUACUGCUCAGGGGACCGUGUGUGCUGCGUGUGCUUACUGGAGAACAUUUUAACCAGCGGCAGAGCUGGCUCGUGUUACCACACUGCAACAAGACAUGAGAGUGGCGUAAGUCUGCGCCAAGGUGCUGAAUAGGAGAUAUCCUCCAUUAGAGUUCAAGUGGUCUGGUUGGUUUGGUGCCAUGUACCAGUAAGUAUUCAAAAGAAGAUUGAAAAGUGAGGAUUUGCUGUGAUAUCAGUGCAUUGGCUGUUCUCAUACCUCUGCUCUGGAUUCUUUCUUUUUCUUUUUUUUUUUUUUUUCCAGCCAGCUCUAGAAACUCAAAGGCGUCUGCUGCAGUUCAGAAUUGGAAUAUAUUGUGUAAAAGAUUAGUCUUACAUGGGUAGUGUAUUUUUUGUGUUCAGAAUCUGGUGGUAGAAAACAUUUUUACCAAAUAGUUCCUAGACAUGUAAUAAAAGCUUGGAGAUCGUGAUUUGCCUGACAGCUGUAUGAACACAUUGUUUAAUUAUACACUUGAAAAUAACAACAUGAAAGAUACGUUUGCAGUGUUUGGGAUUCAGUAUCCCUGUGCUCUUUGUAUUUGCAGCUUUUUAAUUUUUUUUUUCUUCUUCAAAAAGGUGUGGGACCAGAAGUUCAUGUGUGUUUACACUUUUGAAGUAAGGGCACAUCGAAGUACUAAACAAAAGUUGCCAUGUUUUACAAACUGAAUCUGGAUUUAGUGAAUGUAUUUAUAAAAUAGUGCAUUUGCUGGAGGGAGGGUGGGGAGGACUUCUCCCCUCCCCAAAUAAAACCCAGAGAAAUAACCUGUGAACAGAACCCACGCUGCUCUAGGCCCGAGUUAAAUGGACUCUCUGUUACAUGUCAUGAGCUCUGUGAUACAAAAGCUUAUGGCCGCGUAGUCAGCGGGAGCAGAACGUGCUGAUGAGGUUUAAAGCCAGGCUGGGCUGUCAGUGCUGGUUAAGGCCUUCCAGUGUAAUGAGGUCUUCGAGUUCUGUGGUUUGGGGCGUUUUUCAGCUACCACCGUAUUUGACUGUGUCGAUGAUUUGGGUGGUAACUUCAGGAGGUCAUCUACCUUGAGACGGGAUGGGGCAAACGCUGUUAAACUACUCAAGUUCUGCCAUCUCUGCCAGCGUUGACGCUGUUUAAAUUGUGUGGAGAAAUUCCGCUCACAGAAAUUGUAACUGUUUUUUGAGUAGUUCUUAUUCAAGUCAGGGAACCGAGUUAAUUGUGCAAAUAGGGGGGGAAAAAAAAAAGCCACAUUCUGCUGUUACAGGUAGCUGAAUGGUAGAUGAGGGGAGAAAACAACUUUCAAGGGGCAGAUAGCCCGUUUGCAAGUAUCAAGUUUCUUUUACUGCUUACUAUGCAAUGUAGAAUUUUGAACUUUUGCUUUUACUUUAAGAUACGAGAUAGACAAGCACUGUCCUUAUUCAGUAUUUAGGAACUGAACACUCUCCAAUCUCCCUGACACUUGUUUAACAGGUAAGAUACUGCUGCUAUUGACUUUACUUACCUUUCAGAUUGUUCCUUUCUGUUUCUCAUUGCUGCCCUCUUGAAUCGCCACACACAAUUUUAUUAAAAAACACAUGCUUUUGGGUAGGUUUUUUCUUUUUUCUUGCCAGCCUCUCCCUCUUCCUACCUGCCAGAGUGCUAUAUUACUGUAUAUAAAAUAGUCUUAGUUGGACUAUUUAAAAAGCUGCAGCGUGAAUACAGACUCCUUGCUUUUCUGUAGUUAGAAGACUCACUGGUAUUCUGAAUCUCGUUUCCUUCAUUGCUAAUAUCAGUCAGGUUUUUCCAAACUGCACUACUGAAACCACUGGCAGUUUUACGAUUGCCUGUCAUCUUUUCCUGGAUGUUUUAUCUUAUAGGAUGAGACUAACAUUGGUCAUUCUAAGUGUUAAAGCUUUUAUUUUUCUGCUUGUAUUAUAAUUUCCUCUUACCAGGUUAAGAUUGCGGUGUAGUUAAAUAUCAAAUUACAUUUUUGUUUUAGGAACAGACUCCCUAAAUUGUUCAUAGAAUAUUGUAUUUUUAGGGGAAAUUAAUUUUUAUAGCCACUAAACUAUACUCAUUAUUUUUGUACGUUUGCAACUUCUGACAUUUUUCAGAGACGUGUCGCGGAGGGAACACUUAUUUUCACUGCUGUUUUACUACUUCUGUAUGCUGAAAUCGUGUUGCUUAAUAUCGCAGAAGCACAUACCUUGAUAUGCAGUAACAGUGAAUGAGGUUUGAAUAAAGGGCCAUUUCUAAAGGCAAAAAAGAUACUAUAAAAGCAACACUAACCUUUCCUCCUCCUCUAGAAUCUUAAAACAGAUGGGAGAAAAUAAGGUGUAAAAUAUGAAAUGCAAGAUGAGAACCCUUACUGUAAGCUAACUGUGCCAAUAUUGCUUCAGUUUGUAGUUACUGAUUGGUAUUUUAGUUUUAAAUCAAAACAGCUUUUGAUUUAAAAGAAAAAAAAGAAAAAAAGUUGAAUGUCUGAAAAUCUGCAACAUGUUUAUUUGAGAGAUGUAAAUAAUGUAUACAGAUUGUUGUAUGUGAUGGGACAAAAUAUUUAAAUUCUAGGUUUUUUUCAAUAAGAAACUGAAGGCUGUUUAUAAGGAAAAAAAUAAAUAGCUAUGUUUGACCAUGAUUGUCUUUUUUUUUUUUCUUCUUGAACUUGUUUCUAAAUUAUCUUCUAUUUGUAGAUAGAUUUUUUUUCUGUAUAUUGUACACAUAUGAACAUUACACAUACAAAUUAGAUUUUUGUAAAUGCCUUGUCUGAAUUUGUGAAUAUUUGUAUUGCAGGCAGACACAAUAGCAAUAAAAGAACCUGAUACCCUUUUUA